UACUGUUUCCCAUGACGCAGGGUAUGGCUUUGGACACUGAAUCUUGUUUGAGGUUGCUAUUAUUAAAUUACUUACUUUAUUUUGCAAGCAGACAGUCAUAUCCUGCAGGGUCGUGAUAAUAAAUUGGAGUUGUUUGAACUGGAGGGGGCACGUCAGUUUGCAGCUGCUUUGGUUUACAGAAUGCAUGAGAAGGUCUGGUAGUUGAAGAGCGCCCAUCUACUGUGUCUUAAACAAUGCCAUGCUUCAAUCCUUUGCAAUGGCUGAGAGACGGGAGAGAGUCAAGGACGCUGGUCUUGGUGGUGGUCUUUGUAGCCCUCUUACUGGACAACAUGCUGCUCACUGUAGUGGUGCCCAUUAUCCCCAGUUUCCUGUACGCCACCAAGCUCAAGAAUGUGAACGAUUCUUUAACCCACAACACAACCUCAGCUCCUGGGCAGGCUGCUUACGAAGCUGCUACUUUCUCCUCUGUCAUCUCAUACUAUGACAACACAACAAUCAUCCUCACAGACGACACUGUCAACAGCACCAGCAGAGACUUUAGCAGGACUGUCAAUGGCUCUCUGCUGACAGAAGAGGGCUCAGCGGUCAGAGACAGAGACUGCGUAAAAAACAAUGACAUUCUCAUGGAGGAAAAUGUCCAGGUUGGGCUCCUGUUCGCCUCCAAAGCUUUAAUGCAGCUUAUUAUGAAUCCAUUUGUUGGGCCUCUUACUAACAGGAUUGGAUACCACAUUCCAAUGUUUGCUGGCUUUGUGGUAAUGUUCCUAUCGACAAUAAUGUUUGCUUUCUCUGAAACCUACGUCUUGCUGUUCUUGGCACGAAUGCUUCAAGGAAUCGGCUCGUCCUUCUCAUCUGUUGCAGGUCUUGGCAUGCUAGCCAGUGUUUACAAGGAUGACCAUGAAAGAGGGACGGCCAUGGGGGUUGCUCUGGGAGGACUGGCUCUGGGUGUCCUCUUUGGAGCCCCCUUUGGAAGUGUGAUGUACGAAUUUGUUGGGAAGAAAGCUCCCUUCCUGGUUCUAGCCUGCUUAGCGCUGUUGGAUGGAGCGUUGCAGCUUUCUAUACUUCAACCUUCAAAGGUUUCUCCCGAGUCUGCACAGGGCCCGACUUUAUUAACCCUGUUACGGGAUCCAUAUAUUCUCAUUACUGCAGGGUCCAUAUGCUUUGCCAACAUGGGGGUUGCAAUGUUGGAACCAACACUGCCAAUAUGGAUGAUGCAAACCAUGUGCUCGCCAAACUGGCAACUGGGGAUUGCCUUUCUCCCAGCGAGUAUAUCGUACCUCAUUGGCACAAACCUGUUUGCUAUACUUGCUAACAAAAUGGGAAGGUGGCUCUGCUCCAUGAUUGGCAUGUUGAUUGUUGGUAUAAGUCUCAUCUGUGUCCCCUUAGCAAAAGAUAUCUACGGACUCAUUGGUCCGAAUGGGGGUCUUGGUUUUGCAAUCGGUAUGGUGGACUCCUCAAUGAUGCCCAUUAUGGGAUAUCUGGUGGACCUUCGCCAUGUGUCUGUGUAUGGGACCGUCUACGCCAUUGCAGAUGUUGCCUUUUGCCUCGGAUUUGCAAUCGGUCCUUCCACCGGUGGAGCAAUUGUUAGAGCCAUAGGGUUUCCAAGCCUCAUGGUAAUAAUUGGGGUUAUUAAUAUACUGUACGCACCCUUGUGCUGCUUCCUAAGGAAUCCAGCAGCAAGAGAAGAAAAAAUGGCAAUUCUGAACCAUGAGUGUCCCAUGCCCACCAAAAGCUACAGAACCCAGAAUACCUGUCACGAUUUUCCACUGAGUGAUGAAAGCUUUGAUGAGGAGAGCCAACAGUGAUUCUUUGGAAGUUUUCUUUAACUCACCGAUCCCCCUCAAUCUUGUGUUCUAUUGUAGUUAAACCACCACCCAUCCCCCUCAGUUUUGAGAAUGCACUCAAAACAUUGAAUUAUUUACAUUUCUGUUGUAGUUAUUUGUCCGUGCUGUAUUGACUGCACUAGACUGUGCUUUCAAAUUACAUUUUAAACCUUUAUUUAUUUCUAUGAAUCUAUUUAUUUAUUUACCCUGUAUGUCUUCUAUGUUUCCUUAAAGCAGGUGGGGCAAGGGUAAUAGCAGUGCCAAUUCCAUUACAGAAAAUACAUUUUGUAAUAUAGUGAGGCAUGCUGUAGUUUUGUAAGUUAUGUUUAUUUAAAUAUAUAUUAUUACUUCUUAACAGCUUUACAUUUAUGCUUGCACAUAGCAAGAAGUAAUAUUGGAUGAAUCUUAGGACCUAAUUUACAAAAGGCCACUAAAUUUAGAGUUAACAUGCGUGAUAAAUCUAAAUUGACUGCCCCAUUUACUAACAGAGAAUGUAUUCAUUUAUGUGCACAGUAUUUGGCAACAUAAAGUGAAACUGCA